CGUCAGUGUGCAGCAAAUAAGGAAGUCUGAGAUCCGGUAGUUCCCCUUAACUUUAAGAGAACUAUUAGACAGUUCGCUCAAAAACCAGUUAGGGCUUCGCCAUCGCAUGUUAAUGAAACUCCAGUCUUUUCAUGCUUUCCUAGUCUUUAAUGUUGAGUUAGUAGUGAUUUUUUCUGACCGGAACUGGUAGAAAAUUCAAAAAAGGUGACAAACAGACCGCAGGAUGGAUGUCACUCACCUGACGGAGGACGAAAUGGCCGAUAUAAAGAAGGAAGCCAUAGACAGGUUACGGCCAUACCUGGUGGAUAAGAUCAUCGCCGAGCGGCACUUUGAUUACUUGCGCUCGAAGAAAAUCCUGACCAGAGAGGACACAGAAGAGAUCAGCUGCAGAACCACGAGAGGGAGACGCACCAGCAAGCUGCUGGAUAUACUCGCAGAAAACCCUCGGGGUCUAGACGUGCUCAUUGAGUCCAUCAAAUGGGGCCGAACUCUCAACUUCAUCAUCGCAAAGAUCACUGAUGAGGUGCAGCGCGUGAAAAAUGAGCGACUGGAAGCUUUAAAAGCAGGGUCCUCAGCUAAUUCAGGUUAUUCAAUCACAAAAGGAGCAACCAAUGACUUCUCCAAAAUGGACUCGGACUACGACAAGUAUUCCACUAUAUGCUAUCAUCCCGAAGGGGAAGGAAGUCAGUCGUCCUUGGUGGCCACGGGAUCCUUUAACCUGCGUUAUGGCUCGGGUCGAGUGAACGAGGCUCUGUCGGUCUGUGGAGGGACUGGCAGCAUGAACGUGUCCUCCACCGUCUCAUCAAGCCUGCCUAAACCUGGAGACCCCGGAGCUCCGCCGCUGCCCGAGGAGCCGGAUCUAGACGACCAGGAUCUAGACGCUGCUGUUUGUGGAAGUACAGGAAGUAGCGGAGAUGCUAACAUCCAGCCGCUGCGCUCACGUUCUCUGUCUCCGCACAUGCCAUAGUGCAAACCUACAACACAGUCACUCAAAGUGAGCGAUUCAGAACAUUCUCUACAACAGUUGUCUCUCACAAGCAUCCUCACACUGUAAAAUAAU